UUGCAAUUGCCUGGAAGAUUGCGUUUACAUUAGUUUUGGUUGACCCUAAUCUGUUUUAAAUGUUAGUUGAAGAACCACUUCCCGCCAAUCCAACAACAUGCUCCAGAGCCAUUCAACAGCACCUAUUCUCUCUACUACAGAGCUGCAAUUCCCUCAAAAAGCUCUCCCAAAUCCAUUCCCAAAUAGUCACCAACGGGUUCACCCAGAAGAAUUUCAUUCUUGUGAAGCUGUUGUCAUUCUAUGUAACUUCGGGAAAUCUCACACAUGCCAUCAGAGUUUUCGAAAGUAUCGAAAACCCAAGUGUCACCGUUCGGAACCAGAUCAUUAGAGGGUAUGCUAAGAGUGAAAACCCCAGAAAAUCAGUUGAAUUGUAUAGUAGGAUGGUGGAGGCAGAGGCUGAGCCUGAUGGGUUUACGUUUUCGUUUCUUUUAAGCGCUUGCGCGAGGUCGGGGUUGUUGAGAGAAGGGGAACAGGUACAUGGAAGGGUUUUGGCAAAUGGGUAUUGCUCGAAUGUGUUUGUUCAGACGAAUUUGGUUAAUUUGUAUGCAAUGUGGGGAGGGAGCAAUGGUGUCUGGUAUGCACGGCAAGUGUUCGAUGAAAUGGGUGAGAGAAGUGUUGUGAGUUGGAAUUCUUUGCUUGCAGGGUAUAUUCGGUGUGGGGAUGUUGAUGGGGCGAUGAGAAUUUUUGAUGAGAUGCCGGAGAGGAAUGUUGUGUCGUGGACGACCAUGAUUGCAUGGUGUGCUCAGAAUGGGAGGUGUAAGCAAGCUUUGUAUUGGUUUGGUGAGAUGAGGAGGGCCCAUGUGGAAUUGGAUCAGGUUGCGCUGGUUGCAGUGUUAUCAGCCUGUGCUGAAUUAGGAGAUUUAAGUUUGGGAAGGUGGAUUCACAGGUAUAUUGAUGAGAGAAUGAAUGUUGGGAACCAGCCAUUGUUGGUGUCUUUGAACAAUGCACUCAUACACAUGUAUGCUAGCUGUGGUGUAAUUGAUGAAGCUUAUAAAGUAUUUAACAAGAUGCCAUGGAAAAGCACUGUUUCUUGGACAAGCAUCAUCACGGGUUUUGCCAAGCAGGGACGUGGGGAGGAAGCUCUUAGUGUCUUUCGGUCCAUGCUAUGCUCGGGAGUGAAUCAAGUAAGACCUGAUGAAAUAACCUUCAUUGGUGUUCUGUGUGCCUGUAGCCAUGCCGGAUUUGUUGAUGAGGGUUGCCGUCUCUUUGAGAGCAUGAAUCAAACUUGGGGAAUUAGCCCAAAGAUUGAGCACUAUGGAUGCAUGGUCGAUCUCUUGAGCCGUGCAGGUUUCCUAGAUGAAGCACAUAGGCUUGUUAAAACAAUGCCCAUUAAGCCAAAUGAUGUUGUUUGGGGUGCUCUCCUUGGUGGUUGCAGAAUUUACAAGAAUGCUGAGCUUGCCUCCCACGUUGCACAAAAAUUGGUAUUUGAGCUUGACCCUGAUCACGCUGCAAGGUAUCUGGUGCUCUUGUCACAUGUUUAUGCAAUAGCUAAAAGGUGGCAAAAUGUUAUUACUGUGAGACAGAAAAUGGUUGAGAUGGGUGUAAGAAAGCCUCCAGGCCGAAGUUGGGUCCAAAUUAAUGGAGCUGUUCAUGAUUUUGUGGCAGGUGAUGCUGCUCAUAAGCAUGCACCUUUAAUUUAUGAGAUGCUUGGUGUGAUUACCAGACAAGCCCAGCAGAAAGACUACAAACUGGAUGUAGUAGAGGCAUUUUUGGAUGCUGAGGAAUAAGGAAGGAAAUGAGAGGAAUUUGGUUUUGACUUUUGGAAAAGUUGCUCUCAGUUUAGUAACAUAGACUCAAACUCAUUCAAGCAUCCUAAUUGGAGAACCCAUCACUGUGGGGAAAUGGCUUGAUGCUUUUGCUACUGAUCUCUCUUCUCAUGGACAUCACAAACCAUUUCAAGCGCUUGAAAGCUAGGUCCAAUUAAAAGAUAACCAUGGUUGUCUUUAAAUUAUUGUAACAUGUAAACUAGAAUUGUCAUUAUAAUUAAUAGAUCAAUCAUUCUUUCAUCA